AUGAAGGCGGGGGCUUCUGGUGUUUUCUGGCUCCCAAAGCUUUCUUGCCCAACCCCCUGCCACCAUGGUGGUCACAUUCACAGAUCUCUUCUCCACCCACUCCCUGUGUUUUGUGUGCCACAGGCGAUCCUCCUGGUUCACUGGCUGCUGACGAUCUGGGGCUGCAUCGUGUUCCCGGGCGCCUAUGCGUGGUCCAACUUCACCAUCCUGGCCUUGGGCGUGUGGGCCGUCGCGCAGCGGGACUCCACCGACGCCAUAAGUAUGUUUCUGGGUGGCUUGGCGGUCACCAUCGUCCUGGACAUCAUCCACAUCAGCAUCUUCUACCCGCGGGCCAGCCUCUCGGACACAGCGCGCUUCAGUGCUGGCAUGGCCAUCGUCAGCGCGCUCCUCAAGCCGGUCUCCUGCUUCUUCGUCUACCAGAUGUACCGGGAGCGCGGGGCUUUCCUUGGACCUUCACAGGAGCACAGUGCCUACCAGACGAUUGACUCCCCAGAAGUGCCUGCCGACCUGGAGAGCAGGGCUCACGUCCCCCAAGGAUACUGAAGCCAGCCCUGCUGCACCUGGCCCCAGCCUAGGGGCCAGUUUGACAAACUGCGGGGAGGGGUGGGAGGAGGCUGCAUCACCUUCUUGGUGCCUUGGAUGUCAUCCUAGGGGCGCUCCCGUCCCCCCAUCUUUCUCAGAACGAAUGUGGGAUGUGCCUUCCGGUUCCCCAUCUCAGGGCUUGCCUGAAUCAAGUGCCCUGAGAGGCCAGGAGCCCCUGUGCACACCUGUCCCAAACUCCUCGAGGCCUCUCCUCCCUUCCAGGUAUCCCGCUGGUGCCAGGCUGGGAACUGUGGUCGCUUUUGUCACCUCCACCCUUAGCUGCUCCGUGCAGGCCCCGGGUCGAGCCGUGCCUGAGCCCGGCGGGGUCAGGCCUCUAAGAGCCAGUGAUGCCCCUACCCCGCGCCUCUCCCGAAGUUGGCCAAGCCCUCCCGCGGGAGCUCUGAGAGCUUCUGGUCACACUCAGCCCCAGGAGUGCAGGGGUGAGGACCCCAGGAGUGCAGGGGUGAGGACCCCCGGCUUCUCACUGCCUAGUCACCUGGGGCCCGGGACCCCGGCACUCGAAGCUGGUGGUGUCUGCAGCCUCAGAGAUCCACCACAGCCUCCAGUUGCCCUUCUCAGAGCCAUGGCAUUAAAGUUCAGGGGAUCCCAUAGCUGAGUGUGUUUUGAGCCACGUCUAAUCUCCCGUCAGGGCUGGAGCCUGGACUUGCCAUUCCUGGGAAGAUUCCGGCGAAUCCCCAAGGCACCAGGCCUUAGGUGUCCAUUCUCUUGUGGCAGGAGGAAGCAGGGGCUCACGACCAGCUGGGCCUGCUCUGUGCUCAGCUCCGGCCCAGCCGAGGCCCCAGCAGAGGAGGGCACUGUUCAUUGCGGCAAACGGGUGUCCAUUUCUCCCAAUUCAGAUGGCUCAGGUAUUGGUUUGAAUCCCGCCCUGCCCCUGACUGUGUGCCCCUCAGACCCCCGUGUCUGCUGGAGGAGGCCUAAUGCCUGCCCAGAGAGUGAUGACGCAGCUGAAAUGUACGGUGCCUGGCCCUCGGGACGGCUCCCUGCGUGACAGCGAGGUUGUCGGGGGGGCUGUUCCUUGAGCCCAUGAUGAUGUUGAGUCAGUGGGCCAGGGGCGGUCUGCUCCUGGCCGACCCUGUGUCUUGGUCUCAGAGCAGACGGGGACACCUGUCCAGAAGCUCCAAGGACCCCAUGGCCAGGGCCCUACCCCACUCCCACUGGGAUGGCAUUGACCACUGGACCCCAGGUACCUGGGCUCUUUCAGGCCAUCCUGGCUCUUCCCCGGCACAAAGAGGUCAAGGCCUGGUGCACAGUCCCCUCCCCCCAUUCCUCUGUACCCAUCCGUCCAAAGAAGCUGAGCACCUGCCACAUGCUGUGCACAUGCUGUGCAGGGGCCUGGAGCUACAGGGGUGAACUCAGGUCCUGCUCUCGGGGGAACAGGCAUUAGGAGUCCUCUGUCAGGAGGCGAGAGCCCUGAAAGAAGGAACAUGGGCCUCCAGGGAUGGGACUUGUGCUCUGGGGCCAAGGGAUGCUGGGUGGCUGAAGCUCUGGAAAACCGGGAACAGCCUCAUAGUCGGACGGGGGCGGGCAGAUAAGCCGUGGUCCGUUCAUUCUAAGGAAUACCGUUCAGCAGUUCAAAUGAGUAAACCAGGCCUAUUUCUAUCAAUGUCGGUUCCCCCCGAGCGUUGGUUGCAGAAUGACGCACGUGAUAUGAGAGCGUUAGUGUGAAUUUUAAAACCUCUCAGCAAUACCCUGUAUUGUUCGUGG